UUGUCUCAGUUCUCAAGCAUCAAGCGGCACAACAUGGCUAGCUGCGACUUACCCAGCUGGUUGACCAAGGAUUAUAUGCAAAUUCGGCUGAAGGCUUUCCACAAGGAUCCUCAGCUGAGUGUCCGCAAAUUGUGGUCAAAUGCAGCCACGGGCAAGGGCGAAAACUAUGUGGGCGUGGUGACGCGCAUUCAUGCAGAAUUCGAGCUGACCGGUGGUGCAGUGGAGCAGCGCACGUAUUUGUUAAAGGAAGGCUGCCCAGACGAUACUCCCCAGGCGAGCGUGUUUGCCGAAUACGGCGUAUAUACGCGCGAGAUGGAUAUAUAUGAGUUUAUCCUGCCCAGGAUGCAGCAGCUGCUGCGAGAGGUGGGCAUCGAGGAUAAGCUACACGCGGAGGCCGUGUGCAUCGAUAGGGAGCAUGGCAUCAUGUUGCUGGAGGACCUAGCUCUGCUCAAGUAUAAGAAUGCGGAUCGUGUGAAGCAGCUGGAUUUGCCACACACUCAGCUGACUCUCCAAAUGCUGGCCAAGUUUCAUGCCUCAUCCCUGAUUCUCAGGCAACAGCAUCCCGAGCUGUUUGCUCAGGGCUUUAAUAUCAGUUUCUUCAGUCGCGGACCCAAGGGUUAUUCAAAGUUAUUUACGACCCUCUUCAAGGGACUCAUGCGUUACGUGAAGACGCAGCCCAAGCUAUCAGCGGGCUACUAUGACAAGCUGGAGCGUCUUUUGGCCAACCUCAUGGAGUACGCCGCACGAGUGUUCGAUGUGACAGACGAAGAUUUCCAGGUAUUAACCCAUGGGGACUGUUGGACUACGAAUAUUAUGUUCCAAUACGAUGCGAGAGGCCAGCCCAUCACAGUGUUGCCCAUAGACUUUCAGUUCAGCACCCUCACCUCUCCAGUCGUGGACCUGCACUACUUUUUCAGCACCUCGCUGCAAGAGGAGGUGCGGGCCAGAGAAACGGAGCUGGUUCAGUAUUAUUACUAUGCCUUAAAACGUGCCUUGCAACAGUUUAACUAUGAGGGCAAGGUGCCUAGCUUGCUGCAACUCCAACUGCAAUUCGAGCGACGCAGAUUUCUUUGCGUCAUAAUUGGUUUGGUCUUUCAACCUCUUAUGAUAUAUACCGGCAACGAGAGUCCCGACUUCUGUAAGCUGUACUUGGACACCCCGGAGGCCAUUAGUUUUCAGGACUCGAUAUACGAGAGUGACAGAGCGCAGCGCAUUGUAGAGCAAUUGCUGCCCUUUUUCGAUGCCAAGGGGCUGCUCGAUGAGCAGUGAAAGCAUUCAUGUAUUACUUUAACACUAAUCCAUAUUAGUCAAUGAAGGAUUUUAUGUAGAUAUUUUUAUAUAAAUUCACAAAUUUUAUUUAUUUAUAUACCUGUAAUAAAUGCUGUGAGCCAUCAGAAUAAUAGGUU